CGGCUAUUGCGUGAUGACGUUGAAAAUACGUAGCGGCCAGUGGAGCCGGGUGAGUUGAGGUGAAGGGGUCUGAGGGCGGCCGGUCGCCAUUUCCUGCAAAGCGGAAGCUGGGGAACCAACGUAAACAGUUCGUUUAAUCGGGAAAAAAAAUCAACAAAAAAAAUCUAAAAGUCCAGAAACCACUUAAAAGGUGACAGGAUAGCGAACACCCCGCCGGCUAAAUUACAGGAGCCGAAAGCAGGAGAGAGCAUUGUCCGAAACACGGGACUCCGGGCAACCGUCAGACACGGCACGAGCGAGCCCUGCGGCCAGCCAGUAACACCGGACAGACCGACCGACCACCGCCCAACAUGUCCUACAAACCCAUCGCACCCGCUCCCCCAGGAAGCAAUAGCGCCCCCGGCACCCCGGUCACCCCAGUGCCUGGAGCUGCUGUGAACUCUCCCUCAGGUGCUGUUCCAGUGUCAUCUUUCCGUCCCAUCUUCAGUGAUUUUGGGCCUCCAUCUAUGGGCUUCAUUCCGGGAGUGAAGCCAGCUGUUUCACAAGCAGUUUCUCAAGGCACCUACAGUGACCUAUUGUCUGUGAUUGAGGAGAUGGGAAGAGAAAUCAGACCCACUUAUGCAGGAAGUAAAAGUGCAAUGGAAAGAUUGAAGAGAGGGUGAAGAUGAUACCACAUGCCUUGCCACAAAAUGGCUGCAGAACAAUUAAGCCACAAUAUAAGAUGGUGCCAUUCACAUGUCUAAUACACUGUUUCCGUACAGACUGGGAUAGUACUACACAGGCAUAAAGAUGGUCUAAUACAGUCAUUUGAAGAUAUCUCGAAA